AUUCCAACCAUGUCUCAAACCACCACCAACCCCCAUGUGGCCGUCCUGGCCUUCCCUUUCUCCACCCAUGCAGCCCCCCUCCUUGCCGUCGUUCGCCGCCUUGCUGCCGCUGCCCCUCAUGCAGUCUUCUCCUUCUUCAGCACCAGCGAAUCCAACGCCUCCAUCUUCCACGACUCCAUGCAUACCAUGCAAUGUAAUAUCAAGUCCUAUGACGUGUCCGACGGUGUGCCUGAGGGGUAUGUGUUCGCCGGGCGGCCCCAGGAGGAUAUUGAGCUGUUCAUGAGGGCUGCGCCGGAGAGCUUUAGGCAGGGGAUGGUGAUGGCUGUGGCCGAGACAGGGCGGCCAGUGAGCUGCCUGGUGGCUGACGCAUUCAUUUGGUUUGCUGCAGAUAUGGCAGCAGAGAUGGGGGUGGCUUGGCUGCCGUUUUGGACUGCAGGGCCUAACUCACUCUCCACCCAUGUUUAUACUGAUGAAAUCAGAGAAAAGAUUGGAGUUUCAGGCAUUCAAGGCCGUGAAGACGAGCUGCUCAAUUUCAUUCCCGGAAUGUAUGAAGUACGUUUUCGCGACCUGCAGGAAGGCAUCGUGUUCGGAAAUCUAAACUCGCUCUUCUCACGCAUGCUUCAUCGGAUGGGCCAAGUGCUACCUAAGGCGACUGCAGUUUUCAUAAACUCCUUCGAGGAGCUCGACGAUUCCCUAACCAAUGAUCUCAAAUCCAAGCUCAAGACGUACCUCAAUAUCGGUCCAUUUAACCUAAUAACCCCACCGCCGGUUGUACCCAACACAACCGGCUGCCUCCAAUGGCUCAAAGAAAGAAAACCCACCUCGGUCGUGUACAUUAGCUUUGGCACCGUCACGACACCACCCCCAGCCGAGCUUGUAGCCCUAGCUGAGGCACUGGAGGCAAGCCGGGUACCGUUUAUAUGGUCCCUAAGGGACAAGGCAAGGGUGCAUUUGCCAGAAGGUUUCUUGGAGAAGACCAGAGGGUACGGAAUGGUGGUUCCAUGGGCUCCUCAGGCGGAGGUCCUAGCACAUGAGGCAGUUGGGGCUUUUGUAACACAUUGUGGAUGGAACUCAUUGUGGGAAAGCGUGGCCGGUGGGGUACCCUUGAUUUGCAGGCCCUUUUUUGGGGACCAAAGGCUCAAUGGGAGGAUGGUGGAGGAUGUUUUGGAGAUUGGAGUGAGAAUUGAAGGUGGGGUUUUCACAAAGAGUGGGCUAAUGAGUUGCUUUGAUCAAAUUCUCUCACAAGAAAAAGGGAAGAAAUUGAGGGAAAAUCUGAGAGCCCUAAGAGAGACUGCAGACAGGGCAGUUGGUCCUAAAGGGAGUUCUACUGAGAAUUUCAAAACCCUGGUGGAUUUAGUGUCAAAACCAAAGGAUGUCUAGAACCGUUGCCUGUACCACCUGUUUGGAUGCAAUGAAAAUAAAGGUUUCCCGGAAAAAAUACAAAUGAAUUAUCAAGUUUCAAGAA